AUGUUGAUUCUUCCCCUCUCCCUGGGAGAGGGAUAGUCCUCUCUUUCCCUCUCCCCAAGGGGAGGGAACGGUGAAGGGAGAGCAAAGGCCGCUGGGCAGACUCGAUGCGAUCUCAUUAUAUAAAGGAAGCCAUCAUGCAAUCACCUUCCACACGCACAAGUGUUAAAGAAAGCCCGUUCUUAGGCAGAAGCUCAGCUUGAGGGAGGUCAGCAUGGCUCAGAGGAAAGGUGAACCUGAUAUGCUUAUCUGAAGUAGGAGUUAAGCGAGAAGAGAAAAAUCCAAUCUAAUCCAAUCUUCAAGGAGAUGCUCCUAGUUCCGGCGACAAAAUUCUUCAAGGAUCUGCUGAAGAAACCCCAAACAACAAAAGAGCUUCAUAUCGUCGAUCUGUCGGAUGGAACUAAAUGGAUAAUCGAUGACAAGAUUGUAGUCGAUCUACUCAAAAAGUACAAGUCUGCACCUGAUCACAAGACGAAAGAUGAAAUUAUAAAACUUCUUCAGUCAAGGGUUGCUUCGUCGAGCACCAAAGUCGAGGCCGGCCAAUCCCAUGAGAUUUGCCAAGUAUCAAAGGACAGAGCAGGAGGUGGUUUGGAUGGAAAUCGUUUGGACUCCGGCAAGCCCACUCAUGGAGGUUUGCCUGCCAAAAAUCAAAAAUAUCAAGAGAGCAAGAUAACCAAGGACCUUCAAAAUUUGAAACUCGACACUGAUAACAAGGCUGGCAAGGAAAAAGAAGUGGAUAUAUGGAUACAAAAAGAAAUAAAUGAUUCGAUAAAUAAUGUUUUUAGGACCUCAAAGAUUUGUGGCUUGCAGUGAUUGUGUAGCAUGAUAACACCACAACUUUUGAGAAUCUUGUGGCAUGUAGAAGCUUGAUGUUAUCACAUAUAAUAAGGCAAUGUGGUCUUUAUCUUUGAAGUUUGGAAUAACCGUUUAUGGUAGGUUUGUGAAAAUUAAA